CUAGGAAGUGUCGCUCGCGUUUCCGUGGUCACCGUGAGAUUGGUUCGCCGUCGGCUUCCUGCUGCAGUUAGAAGAGCGGCGUCGAGACAGACUGGGAAGACUCAAACACCACCACCUCUAAUAAAUGCACCAUACCAUGAAACUGUUAGCAAUACCCCCCUCUGUGGAUGUCCGCUUCGUCACGGCUAUACUGCUGGUGAUGGGCCUCUCUACUCCUGGACAGGCAGAAAUCAUCAGUCUGGACUCGGGCAACAUUGAUGAUGUCCUAAAUAAUGCUGGGGUGGCAUUAGUGAAUUUUUACGCAGACUGGUGUAGAUUUAGUCAAAUGCUCCAUCCAAUUUUUGAGGAGGCAUCUAACAUAGUGAGGGAGGAGUUCCCUGAUACAAAGCAGGUGGUGUUUGCUCGCGUCGACUGUGACCAACAUUCGGACAUAGCUCAACGCUACCGCAUCACCAAGUAUCCGACACUGAAGUUGUUCCGCAAUGGGAUGAUGAUGAAGAGGGAGUACAGGGGUCAGAGGUCAGUGACGGCCAUUGCUGACUUCAUCCGCCAGCAGCAGGUGGACCCAGUGAAAGAGUUGCACUCAUUGGAGGAGGUUAAUUCUGUAGAUAGGAGCAAGAGAAACAUCAUUGGUUACUUUGAAAACAAGGACUCUGAGAACUAUCGCACAUUUGAGAAAGUUAGCAGCAUCCUUCGAGAUGACUGCACAUUCUUAGCUGCCUUCGGCGAGGUAUCUAAGUCUGAGCGCUUCAGUGGAGACAAUGUGAUCUACAAACCUGUGGGCGAGAGCGUUCCUGACAUGGUUUACCUCGGCUCACUCACCAACUUUGACCUGACCUACGCUUGGGUCCAGGACAAGUGUGUGCCUCUGGUUAGAGAGAUCACCUUUGAAAAUGGAGAGGAGCUAACUGAAGAAGGAAUCCCUUUCCUCAUCUUGUUCCAUCUUAAAGAAGAUGCUGAGAGCUUAGAGAAGUUCCAGCAUGAAGUGGCUCGCCAGCUCAUCAGUGAGAAAGGGUCAAUAAACUUCCUUCACGCGGACUGCGAUAAAUUCCGCCAUCCUCUGCUCCAUAUCCAGAAAACUCCGGCUGACUGUCCUGUCAUCGCCAUAGACUCAUUCAGACACAUGUAUGUCUUCCCUGACUUUAAAGACCUCACUGUUCCUGGUAAACUGAGACAGUUUGUUUUGGACCUUCACUCUGGUAAGCUUCACCGAGAGUUCCACCACGGUCCUGACCCCACGGACAGCACACCUGGACAGGAGGAGACGGUUGGAGAAGCGGCCAGCAGUCCUCCGGAGAGCUCGUUCCAGAAGCUUGCACCCAGCAAGAAACGCUACACCAUCCUCAGACGAGACCGUGACGAGCUGUGACCUUAACGGCCUUCCAGUGAUCCUGUGACUCAAUGCCACGCCCCGGGGUCAGGGAGGGGGUUAGGGUUGGGACAGGCCAGUGGGACAGAACAGCAACACCCAACACCCUUACUGAAGAAGAAAAAAAAGGAGGAGGAGGAGGAGAAAAGAAGAACAGGAGGAGGACGAGUGUGCAGUCCAUGACACAAACAUGUUGGGCUAACCUAUAUUUUCAUAACACUUUCACAUACAAUUUUUAUUUUGAAUUAAAA